CACACUCCACAAAAAUCGCCCACUCACUGCUCUCCUAUUAACACAUAACUAUCGGAAUCAUGCCAUCCUCUCUAUUCUUCCGCAAUUCAUUUAAGCUCUUCAUUCUCCCACUUUUUCCUUUGGUUCUUUCCUUUCGGUAAGAGUCCCCUCUCGCUCGCUUCUCUUCAACCAUUCCUUCGAGAGUUUUUUUUUUUAAUCGCACCUCUCACAUUCCCACAUCACAUUUCCCUUCUGGGUAUUCCACUUUCGCAUCAAAAUCCAUUCUUUUUCCUUUUUGUUUGGGUCCCCUUAUACUGUAACACCUUCUUGCCUCUUACUUGUUUCUCCAUUUCUUCAAGUAAGGCCAUUUUGGAACCCAAACCCAAAAUAAAAAAUACAAAAUAAAAAAUUAGUGAUUGACUUUGAAAGAUGUCAAUUGCUGAGUUUGCUUUGAGUUCAGUUUGCAACGACAAGGUACAUUGGGAAGGGCUGCCAGGACAUUGUUCUGGUGAGCCAAUCUUGAUUUACCUCACUGUGGAUGGUGCUGUCACCCCAAUGCGCGUGUUCGAGUCCGAUUCCAUUGCCUCGGUGAAACUGAGGAUUCAGCAGUGCAAAGGCUUCGUGGUGAAGAAGCAGAAGUUGGUUUUUGGUGGCAGAGAGCUUGCUCGCAAUGGCACACUCAUCAAGGAGUAUGGUGUCACUGAUGGCAACGUACUUCACUUGGUUCUGCGCCUCUCUGAUAUCCUCUUCAUUGUUGUGAAGACCGUUAAUGGGAAGGAAUUUGAAUUCCACAUCGACAGGCACAAGAAUGUAGGGUAUCUAAAGCAACGCAUUAGAAAGAAGGGGGAAGGUUUCAUUGAUCUUGAGGAACAAGAGCUUUUCUGCGAUGAUGAGAAGCUCGAUGACCAGAGGCUCUUCCAUGACAUAUGCAAGAGUGAUGAUGAUGUGAUUCAUUUGAUAAUUAAGAAAUCAGCUAAGGUAAGGACUACACCAAUUCAUAAAGACUUGAAGCUCUCAGUGGAGGCAGUGGCACCAUGUGAGAGAGUGAAACAUGUAAGAGAGACUAGGGACAAACAUGUUCACAUAGCAAAGGUCCCACCUGAUGUAGGUUUUUGGUUGGAGCCAAUUAUUGUGAAUCCCAAGAUCAUUUUUUUCCCUUUCCUUUGGGACAUGAUCACAUCCACAUUUGAGGGCUUGAAGAAUGGAAAUCACCCUAUUAGGUCUUCUGAGGGCACUGGAGGGACUUACUUGAUGCAAGAUUCAACAGGUCAGGAGCAUGUUUCGGUUUUCAAGCCCAUGGAUGAGGAACCAAUGGCUGUGAACAACCCAAGAGGUCUUCCAACUUCAUCCAAUGGUGAGGGUUUGAAAAGAGGGACAAAGGUUGGAGAAGGAGCCUUGAGGGAAGUUGCAGCAUACUUAUUGGAUCAUCCGAAGAAUGGGCCACGUUUGGUGACAGGUGAAGCAGUCGGGUUUUCUGGUGUUCCCCCUACUGUUAUGGUGCAGUGUUUGCACCGAGAGUUUAACUACCCAAAUGGGUUUGCUUGCUCCUCAAAACAUGUCAAGAUUGGGUCACUGCAGAAGUUCAUGAGUAAUGAUGGUAAUUGUGAGGACAUUGGACCCUGGGCUUUCCCUGUGGAGGAGGUGCAUAAGAUUACUGUGCUUGAUAUAAGAUUGGCUAACGCAGACAGGCAUGCUGGGAAUAUAUUGAUCAGAAAGGAAGCAGAUGGCCACAUGAAGCUCAUUCCUAUUGAUCAUGGCUAUUGUCUGCCAGAUAAAUUUGAAGAUUGUACAUUUGAUUGGAUUUACUGGCCACAAGCACGUCAGCCUUAUUCUCCUGAGACUGUUGAUUAUAUCAAAUCUCUGGAUGCUGAAAAAGACUUGGAACUUUUGAAAUGUUAUGGAUGGGAUAUUCCACUUGAGUGUGCUAGAACAUUUCGGAUUUCCACAAUGUUGCUGAAGAAAGGAGUUGAGAGAGGCCUUACUCCCUAUGUUAUUGGAAGCAUUAUGUGCCGGGAAAAUUUGAACAAAGAAUCUAUGAUUGAAGAGAUUAUUGGGGAAGCCCAAUAUUCCUUGCUCCCUGGCAUGGAGGAAUCGGCAUUUAUUGAAGCCAUCUCCCAAAUCAUGGAUUCUCGUCUUGAUAAACUUGCAAAUUAGACUCUUUGUUUUUGUGAGUUAUAGGUGUUUUUGUAUGUAUUGAGUGAGUGAUUUAGUCCAUAUUGGGAUGGACUACAGGUUGCAUAAAAUUGUGUCUUGUGAUAUGGCUUGAUGUGUUCUGGACAUGCUCGUCUAUUUUUAGCUUCUCAAAACUGAUUUUCAAGAUUGUAUUGCCAUGUUGAACAGAAAUCAAAGGUCUGAAUAAGAUGUAUUAUACAGAGGUUUCAUUUCAUCUUUCAUAGUAGGAGGCGUGACAAAGGAGCCGAGUCUGUCACGUGUAUAUAAUAAAUGUAACAUGUUAGGUUUCACCCCCCAAAAAAUGUAACAUGUUAGGGGCACAUGAAAUGGAAUUUUUACUCCUUGCCCCGCA